AUGAAGACCUCCGCCGUCAUCGCGACGGCGACCCUGGCCGCCGUGCCGUUCGCCGCCGCCGGACUCCUCCCCAAGCGCGCCGUGGAUGCCUCGUGCCAUUGCCUUCCCGGCGACGACUGCUGGCCCUCGACCUCGUCCUGGGAUGCCCUCAACAGCACCGUUGGAGGCAAGCUCAUCGCCACGGUGCCCAUCGGCUCCGUGUGCCACGACCCCAACUACGAUGAGGCCGCGUGCACGGCGCUGCAGCAGUCGUGGACUCUCCCGGAGACUCACUUCCCCUCCUCGUCCUCCGUCAUGCAGAGCUACUUUGCCAACCAGUCCUGCGACCCCUUCACGGACCGCACCACGCCCUGCCUGAUUGGCAACUACGUCAGCUACGCCGUCGAGGUGACCUCAGCCCAGGACGUCGUCGAGACCAUCAACUUUGCCCGGGACAACAACAUCCGCUUUCUUGUCCGCAACACGGGGCACGACCAUCUUGGCCGAUCAACCGGUGCCGGAGCCCUCGCGGCCUGGACUCACAAGCUCAAGGACAUCACCGUGACCGAAUGGUCUGAUGACCUCUGGAACGGCCCUGCCAUGAAAAUGGGCGCCGGUGUCCUUGGCUACGAGAUUACCGAGGCCGGCAAGUCCGCCGGCCUUGUCGUCGUCGGCGGCGAGUGCCCCACUGUUGGCCCUGCCGGCGGUUACAUCCAGGGAGGCGGCCACUCGGCCCUCACCACCAACUUCGGCAUGGCCGCCGACCAGGCGCUCGAGUUUGAGGUCGUCACCGCCGCCGGCAAAAUCGUCACGGCCUCCCGCACGGAGAACCCGGACCUCUUCUGGGCCCUCAGCGGUGGCGGCCCCGGAACCUUUGGCGUCGUCACCUCCGUCACCGUCCGCGCGUACCCGGAUGCCACCAUUGGCGGCGUCGGUCUGCAGACGGCGGCCUCCUACACCACGCAGGAGAAGUGGUGGCAGAUGCUUGACGCCUUCCACUCCCUCCUCCCCGGCAUGACCGACCAGGGCGCCAUGGUCGUCUUCCUCUACAGCAGCAGCGUCUUCGCGAUCAACCCGCUGACGGCCUACAACAAGACGGCCGAGGAGGCAAAGGCCAUCCUCCAGCCCUUCCUCGACGUCCUCGCCGAGCUCGCCAUCCCCUACUCCUCCGCCGCCACCAACUACACCAACUACCGCGACCACUACAACAAGUGGAUGGGCCCCCUGCCCUACGGCCACGUCGGGGUCGAGUCCUACAACUUUGGCUCCCGCCUCAUCCCGCGCUCCGUCCUGACCGACGACGCCGCCCGCGCCACCUACGUCUCCGCGAUCCGCUACGGCGCCGACAACCACGGCGUCCUCUCCGCCGGUGUGGCCCUCAACGCCACGGCGCCCGCGGGCGUCGACAACGCCGUGAACCCGCACUUCCGCAACGCCGCCAUCCACGUGCAGUACUCGACGGCCUGGAGCAACGCGCCCGGGGACUGGGACAAGAUGCUGGCGGACCAGAAGACCAUGACGGACGAUGUCAUCCCGCCCAUCGAGGCGGCGACCCCGGGCUCGGGCAACUACGUCAACGAGGUCGACUUCAACAUCGCCGACUGGAAGGAGAAGUUCUUUGGCGGCAACUACGACAAGCUGCUGACCAUCAAGAAGGAGUGGGACCCGGAGGGCGUGUUUUACGCGCUCAAGACGGUCGGUAGCGACGCGUGGGAGGUCGCUGCCGAUGGCAGGAUGUGCCGGGCAUGA